AUGGCUUCUAAGACCGUGGAAGAUGCAAUUUUGCAGAGAACCAAUCACAACCAUCCAAAUAUUUUUGAGAAAAUAUUCUGUGAAAUCAGGGAUACGACUUCUUCAAAUCAAAUGCUUAUAGGAAUGUCUUUAGGAUGGGUUAGUGGUUUCUUUGCGUUGAAAAUAGGAAGGACUACAAUGAUGGCAAUUGGUGGGGGUAUGAUCUUAUUAGAGAUGGCUAAUGCGAAUAAAUUGAUCAAAAUCAACUGGGAUAGAGUCAAUGAAAAUUUUGAGGAUGUAAAAUAUGAAAUCAAAAAGCAGAAGGAAUCUACUUGGAUCAAUGAAGCAGUGUAUUUUGCAGAGAAGUAUACCUCGUUCUCAAGUGGAUUCUUGGGUGGUUUCCUAAUUGGUUUAGGUUCUCACUAA